AUUUUCUCAUAUUAGACACAUAAAAACUCCCAAGGAGUCUGUCGAGAAAAGAAUUCUUUUUAUUCAUGGUAGUGUAAAAUAAUACAAAAUCUGAAGAAUACCGUGAGCAUUAUUGAAAACAGUGACAAAGUGCGUGAUGCUGUUAUUCAAGUGUGAAAAAUAACAUUUGCACAUACAUUUUGCGAAAUGGAAAGCCCUGGUAUAUGCGAAAGAGGUGAUUGUAAUUGUUUUGAAGGAAGCAGCAGCGAAUCGAUAGAAGAGAUUGAUCAUCGUCAUUGCAAAGAAGAAGCAUUUAUAAUGUGAAACAGUGAAUUUUUCGUUGAAAACAACGUUUUUACACACAAUUCGCAUUGAUUGGAUAGACAAAUUUGAUGCGAAAAUGCUUUUUAUCGAAUCUGGUGUUGGUUGAAUAAAAAUUGGAGCAAGCAUGGAUGACUGGAGGGUGGUGAAAAUGUCGCAAAAUUUUGCGUGUUCCAUCGGGGCUCAUGCUAUUUCACCAAAAUAAUGCAGAACAAAAAAUUAUGUGCUGGUUUAGUUGGAAAUUUGAUGAAAAUCACAAACGGGAGAAAAUAUUUUGAUAUGUCUGCGAAUGUAUCUGAAAACAAUAAAAUCUGUGCGAUUUAACAAAAAGAAAUUAAAACUAGGUAUGCUCUGUGUGUAAAGAGAUGGCGUGACAUGCGAAGGUUGUUGUCAAAACUUUAAAAAUUGUUAUGAGUGUCAUCUAGUGGGAUUACUACUGCUAAAAGUCUGACGUAAUAUAAGUCGUCGAAAUAAAAUAAAAACAGAGGAACAAAACAGAAACAUAAGGAUUUGCAUAUACGUUACGCAUGAUACCGCGACGGGCUGCGAUAGCAGUUAUUAUUUCUGCGGAUAAUUGUAAUUCGAGUGAUUCACGAACAGACGAAAACGAAUUUAUGACGAUGGCUUUAUUGUUUUGACGUUUGGUUGCUACCUGAUCACGACUGAUCGUUCUAUCUCGCUCACACUCUCGAUUCCCUUCAUUCAUUCAUGUUCGAUCUGACGAGGUAAAAUAAGCGAUCGUCAGCAUCCCUUCGAUAAUUCAAUGACGAUGAAUCGGAAUAUUAUGUCUUCGUGUAUAGUUCAUUGAAAAAAAUAGCAGUUACAGCAUCCAAUGUGCAAAACACACAUAAGCAAGUGAGACAUUAUUUGUCACGCACGUAUUUCGAACGUAUAUCAAACACAGCGCAUUGUAGGUGUUGGUUGGUUUUGAGGAUGGAGCUAUUGAUCAGUUCGGCUGCUUUUAUUGCUGCUAUUGGUUAACGUAAAUGAUGUUCGAGAAAAAGGGUUAUCAUAUUUAAUACUUACCCUAACGUAAUAACCAAUAUCAAGCAACACAUUAAUCAUAAACAAAGUUUACAUUAACGUACAUCAAACCACUGUAACAUAAAUCAGCAAUCAUUAGCAAGGAUUACUGGACGCAAUCGGCUUAGUUAGCUUUUAGAGUGCGUCACUAAAACUUAGUAAACCCAAAUUUCGAAGAAUCUAUACAUCGGACACUGACUGUCCGGUAUCCGCUCUGAACAGAGUGGUAUACGACGGCAACGGCGAUCAGUCGGGCAAAGUAAAGUAUGUCACAGAAAGGACAGAAGCGAUCGAACCGUGCCGAUAAUGAUGGACCACCGCCGAUUAAGAAACGCAAAGGCCGCCCAGCGGUAUCGUCGAUGGAAGACGACAACUCGCUUACGUCCAACACCGGUGGUCCGACGACGCCAACCAAGAACUGGCAACCACGGGCGGUCAUCGACCUUAAGAUGUCCAGCAUCUAUAACCGUACUGCACCGGAAGCACCGGCUGAAUUGUUUAGAAAGGAUCUGAUCAGUGCCAUGAAGCUACCCGAUUCAGAACCUCUCGCAGCCGAUGAAUAUUGGGUCAUUAAUGACCAGUGGAAGCAAGAUUGGGAGCGUGGCGUGCAGGUUCCAGUAAAUCCCGACUCCUUACCGGAACCAUCUGUCUCGAUUUUACAGGAGAAUCACUACAAGAAGCGACAGGAUUUUAAGCUCCCGAAAAACAAAUAUAUUCGGAUAACAAAAGAUGAGUCGUUUUCGCAUGAUCAACACUACCUAUCGAAUACUCCGGCCAUUUCCGAACAAGUCUGUUACUACGAUCUCGAUCGAUGUGACGAGGCGUGGUUGAAGGUAUUCAAUGGAGAACGGAAUCUAGCCGGACUGGUGCCAGUGACCGACGAGCAGUUCGAGAGGGUUGUAGAAGAACUAGAAGUUCGAUGUUGGGAUAAAAUCCAGGCAAUCAUGAAGAGCGAAGAAGGUCUUGGCAUUGAGUAUGACGAGAAUGUGAUUUGCGAUGUGUGUCGGUCGCCUGACUCCGAGGAAGCGAAUGAGAUGGUGUUCUGUGAUAAUUGCAAUAUUUGUGUGCAUCAAGCUUGCUACGGAAUUACUAACAUACCAUCUGGUCAAUGGAUGUGUCGAACAUGCUCCAUGGGUCAGAAACCGGACUGUGUACUCUGUCCGAAUAAGGGCGGUGCGAUGAAAUCCACUCGGUCCGGUCAGAAGUGGGCCCAUGUUUCCUGUGCUCUGUGGAUACCCGAAGUCAGCAUUGGUUCCGUUGAUCGGAUGGAACCAAUCACGAAAAUCUCCAGCAUACCAACCAGCCGAUGGGCACUGAUAUGUGUCCUCUGUCGGGAACGGGUGGGAGCCUGCAUACAGUGUUCGGUGAAGACCUGUAAGACGGCUUACCACGUAACGUGCGCCUUUCAGCAUGGGCUCGAGAUGCGUGCAAUUAUCGAGGACGAGAACGCCGAGGAUGGGGUCAAGCUGCGCUCGUACUGUCAAAAGCACGGCGUCCAUAAAGGUAAACGUGAUAAUAAAAAUUCCAACAACAACACCGGCUCGGCCACCGACGAUGAAACUGUCAGCAGUGGGGAGGUGAAACGAAAGAAACGUAAAGACAUGACCUCAGAGGAACGCAACCAAGCGCGGGCUCAACGCAUGCAGGAAAUAGAAGCAGAAUUUGAUAAGCAUGUUAGUGUUAAAGAUAUUAGUUGUCAUUUGUUAGAUGUUGAUCAGGAAGCUAUUCAUUACAUUUAUAACUAUUGGAUAUUGAAACGCAAAUCCGGUCAUAAUCGUCCACUCUUACCACCUAAGACUGACGAUGUGGACAUGGUGGCUCAGAACCAAGAACAGGCGGACGAUUUGGAGAAAAUGAAAAUGUUCGUCCACUUGCGUCAAGACCUCGAACGGGUUCGUAAUCUGUGCUACAUGGUCAGUCGGCGUGAGAAGUUGUCGCGUUCAUUUUUCCGUAUGCGGGAACAGACCUUUCACAAACAGAUUGCUUCCCUGUGUCAGCGGGCAACUGAUAAGAAACCUCUAGACGAAUCUACUAUUGAUGUUAUUAUGCAAGCGAACCACGGUCCUACGAUAUAUGAUAGACUUUAUUCAAGUGAUUCCGUUAGUAAUAGGGCAGUACUGAGUUUAGAAGAUAUGUUAGAACGUAUAAUUGGUGUACAUAGUAGCAGCAGUUCGGGAAGCAACAGUAAGAUAAAUAAUCGUAAACAGCAGCAACAGCAGCAGCAUGGUAAAGAAAAAGAAGAGAGUGUUGGUGCUAGCAAUAAUAAAAAACCUACGGACAUUAACGGCAUGAGUAAAAUUACCCAUCCGCGACAGAUCGCCAACAAACAGGAUAACAAACGGACGUACAUCAAUGGUGCCGCACGGCGGAGUAUUAGCGACAUUUCUAGUGAGAGUGACACACGGUCGCGAAGGAACAUGACCACAAGUGCUAGUUCUGCGGAGGAGGACGAUGUUAAGAAAAAUCUACCACCGGUAACAAAGAAGAAGGCACGCCAAACUAAAGCUGCAGAUCGGAAGCGAAGAAAAGUUAGCUCAUCAGCCGAGAAAACCCGCGCCACGUCGAUUGCUAGUUCAAGCGAAGACGAAGGAAAUGAACGACUGAAGCCGGUAGCAGGUAUGACAGAGACUCCACAAUCUAAGAAGGGCAACCAAUCGCGCAAUCAAUCACUACGACAAAUGGAGCGAGAGUUGGUGGACGAUCGAAUGCACCUAUCCGACUCCAACGAUAGUGAUGAGAUUGUACCAAUUGUGCCACGCAGCGGUAGUCAGUCUGGUGCACAAAAUGUUUAUGCGAACAAAAAAAUGUUGCACAUCUACUCCGAUUCGGAUAGUACCGAUAAAGACAAGACUGAUAAUACUGCAAGCGAUUCACAGCAACAUCCGUUCCGCACCAAAGCAGCUAUGAAAGAGUUUAAUCUAGCGGAAGCGGACAGACUCAAGCAGAAGUCCCUCUCACCGGUCAAAUCUCUGAAAGCGGCAACUGCGACCAUAGCAUCGGUGUCCGCAGCUCCCUCGGGUUCGGUGCAAACCAAAGCAGAAAUUAAAAAAGCAUCUGCAGAACAAGUCAGUGUUACAGCGAUACCGGCAGCUAGUAGUAGUAAUAGUAGUACCAGUAGUAGUUAUGGUUCAACGAACAAAUCUAACAAGGAAAGCGGGACCAUCGCACGAAAAAAGCAGGAGAAGGAAACAGUUAAGCAAUCGAACAAGAAAGAGUUUUCUACUGACUUCCUUGUGGUACCUCAGCGGGAAGCCGCCAAAAAGGCUUCUGAGAACUUGAUGAAAACCAACGUGGCCGUACCAGUGCAAUCAACUAUGCCGGUUACUUCCAACAUCAGUCAACCGUCGUCCGUCACCAAAAAGGAGGUUAAAGAAGGUCGUGACGCUGUGUCUAGUAGUAGUAGUAGCAGUAGCAGUAGCAGUUCCAGCAGUAGUAGCAGCAGUAGUACUGGAAGUACAAGUUCCAUCAGCAGUACUGGAAGCAACAGUAGUACUAGUAGUAGUAGUACGAGCAGUGGAAUAAGUACAGGCAGCGGUACAAAAGAUGCUGAGAUGAAGGUGACAGCUGCUGGCAAUAGCAGUAAACAGGCGAAAGAAAUUGUGUCCGAUACACCACAAAAAGUAACUGCUGCGGCAAAAAGAAAUAACAGUAAAGCUACGAAACAGCAACUUCAAUCAUCUGUUGAACCGGCACCAAAGCAACAAUCAAUUGACAAGGAGAGACCGGCAGACAAGGAAAAACGAGAGAAACUAUCACUCAAGGAAAAGGCAGCACAGAAGGCACUGGGUGAUGAAACAGAAAAAGAAAAGGCGAUGGUGGAAAAAAUGCGAGAAAGUUCCAAAGAAGCUUCAAUACUUGAUAUCCUGGCGUAUGUACCUCAACGUCAGGCUGCAAAGAAAGCCGCCGAGCACAUUAAAAGUGGCAUGGGAAAACCAGCCGAUGCUACGGCUGCUGCAUCGGCACCAUCCGCAGUGCCAGUCGUUACCGAAGAACAAAAGUCAAAAGUUUCCACCAAGGCUCCCAUUCCCAGCACCACGACAAGCAGGAAGGAGGAAAAGAAACUUUCUACCACAUCUAGUAGUUCCAGUUCCGAAACUAGUUCGUCGUCGUGUUCUAGCUCUAGUAGCUCUGGUUCGGAUAGCGAUGAAGAGGAAGAUGAGAACGACAGCAAGAAGACAGCUGGAGCUCCGUUACAAACUAAAGCUGCUAUUGCAGCAGCAGCAGCAUCUUCCAAGGGUGUUUCAGCGUCUCUUGCUGGCAAAACGGAGACUGCGGCCGUGCGGAAAACAGACCGGCAGAUGCCCUUUCUUGACAAGAGUAAAUCUUCCGAGUCUGGUUCCAGUUCUUCCUCGUCUGAUAGCGAUUCCGACUCCAGCAGCAGUCAGAGCGAUGACUCGACGCGAUUACAAACGAAAGAUGGCAGAAGGAAAACCCUCACGCCAAGACGAGAUACUAGUCCCAAGAAGCAGAUCGGUCGCAAGGAGUCCGAGUCCGGCAAGAAACAAACGGCGGCAGCAGCAGCAACAACAACAACAAACAAAUCUUCUACAGCGAAUGCAGCCUUACGUGCAGCUGAUAAGGCUUCAGCUGCCGCUAAAAGAGAAUCACACUCACCAGUUCCGAACAAAACAGUUGGUAGUGCCACUGGCUACCGAGAACCGGGCAAGGCUUCGACCGUACCCAUCGAACCUCAGCCGACAAGUGGCAGCAGCAUUACGUCCUCAAAAUCUACACUACCCGUCAAAGACAUCAAAAUGCCUCACGAUCGAUCCCGAGCUGCUGACUUGCUCAAAUCGGGAAAUCAUUCUAAGAAUGUCACUGGUGGUAAAAUGAUUCAAAACCGGCGCAACUCGUGUCUCGUAACGACGACAAAUGAUGCUAAGUCGGUUGCACCGACAACAGAAUCAAACAGUGCUACCAGCAAACCAGCAUCGAUUCGAGAUCGUCGAAAGUCAGUUUAUGUAGACUUUGAACGGGAACGAAAGGAAAAAGAUCGGUUGGCCGCCGAAGCAGAAAAGAUGAUCAAGGAGGAGCAACAGAAAAAGAAAUCUGCCGAAAAGGUUGGGGCGGUUCAAAAAGAAAAACCAACAGCUGCCGAGAAAGCAACGGUUACUAAGAAAGCAGCAGCAGCCGAGAAAGCGGCGGCUGCUGCUGCUGCAGCCGCCGAGAAAGCAUUCGUCGCUGUAAAAACGACAGUUUCCGAAAAGGCUACAGUAAUUGCCGAACAGUCGGUGGUAACUCACCGAUCAAAGGCCACUGAUUCGUCGAAGAAAGCAACAGCAACCGAAAAAGAAGUUGCUGCUUCGAGAGCUGAGCAACAAGCAAUAAGUGUGGAUGCUGAUCGGACGACAGCCGUUACCACAGGAAAAGAUGUAACCUCACCGUCCGUUCGAAAUCAGAAAACAUCUCGAAAGGAACCGGAUGCAUCGGUUCGUGGCGAAAAGCAUGACAGUUACAGUAACCGUAGCCGGGGUCUUUCUAAUACCUCUCGCAGUGAAAAGGAAGAUAUAAUACUCAUUGACGAUUCGUCAUCUCGAAGUAGUAGUGGUAAGAAGGAAGAUGAUUUAGCCGUGACACGAAAUUCUCCCUUCGGAACAGAUGCUACCAAGAAAGAAGAUAAGAGGGAUAAUAUUUUGAUGUCGGAAAAUCUUGUGCUCAGUCGAGUAAAAAUCGAUGACAAAAAAGAUAGCGGUGCUAGGUCCGGAUUUAUUAGUAGCAGUAACCCUGAAAAAUACUCAAAUAUUCCAAAUCUAGAUGACAAAUGUGGUACGGAGGGAUUAUUUGACACCGACAAAAAAGAUGUUUUGGUUGAAGAAAAAGUUGACGUCAAACUACCGGUCAUUACAAGAGAAAAAGAAUCAGCUGAUAGCAAAGAAAAAUCAACAGACCAACUGGUUGAUAGCAAGAAGGAUAUUGAGAUCAUAUCACUGGUGGAUGAUUCCAGGUCGAAUGAUGGUCGCGAUGUUGUGAUAGUGGAAGAUGCCUCGAAUGAUGCCAAAGCGAAUAGGAAAAAUAUGGUUGGUAAUGAUAAAGAACUGGAGGAAGAUAAGAAAGUGUUCGCUAGUGAGUCUUUGCAAUCAUUAUCAUCCGCGCAACCGAUUACAGAGCGCAACAGUGAGUCCACUUUGCCCGCAGUAGAGGAAAGAAAACAAUUUGAGUUAGAGUCACUGGCGAUGGCUGCUGUUCCCGUCACAUCCCCGUCUUUCCAAGCACCUUCAAGUAUGCACAACAUUCCAACUACCACGAACAGUAUGAGCAACAUUAUGAACAAUUUCACUAACAGUAGUACCAUUAGCAGUAGCAAUAAUUUGGCUUCCAAGGAUGCUGGAUUGAAUACAACGGGUGGUUUGUGUCAGUCGAUAUUCGACUUACUAUCGUUGCCGGCGGUAAAUGAAUCGGUUACGGACGAUACAUUUGGUUUAAAUCCCCCUCUGAACUUCCCAUUUAUGGAGGAUGGCAAAGAAGAUACCCAGCGAGAAACGCUUAACCUCGUGGAAAAACUUAGACAAAAAUACAAGAAAGUUACGAGUGUAGGCCAUGAUCAGAAGCAGGACGAAAGUAAAGAUUCUCGUUCUGAAAUUAUACCUUAUGAUGAUGCCAAACUAUUUGAAACAGUCAGUCAACCGGCUGCUUUGGAUUAUAAUGCCAGUAGUAAAGACAUUCCUGCGAUUGCCCAAGCACUAGAGAAAAGUAAACCGAACAACGACGUUGAUUAUUACAAGUACAACUCGAAUGAUGCCGUCGAAGGUUCGGUUCAUCACAGCAAGAAGAAUUUGAAAGAUGGCCACUUGGAUCAUCUCACUAGCAGACCGUCUGACGAGCGUUGGGUACCUCCAUCAAUGUUGCAAGAUCAUAACCAACAACAGCAACCACUACCUGCCACAAUCAACGAUAAUCGAAGAAUGCUUCACCAGCAACAAUCACAGCCUCCCAGCUGCAUGGAAACAGCAGCCAUGCUCAACAAUCAAUCCAGUUCGGGUAACCAGAAACAACAAUCACACAUUAGUGCACAGGUAUCAGGUUUAUUCGAUAGUAUGGUACCUCAGCAGACUAACCAUCACCAUCAUCAAUCGCAACACUCUCAUUUGGAUGACAUCAAUCAACUACCGGAGCUGGACUUUAUGCAGACCAUAAAAAAUGUCGCCAAUCAAAAUGAAGCUACCUCAUUACUGUUUGAAAACUUGCAGCAACAGCGUCGCUGGAAUGAUAUGAUGCCGAAUCAAAAGAAACACGAAUGCUCUGUGAUGCAGGAAAAGGCGAAUAUGUUGCUCAAACAGCAGCAACAACAACAACAACAGCAACAGCACGAUCUUAACGCAAAUAAUCAUCGCAAUAAACUGAAUGAUCUCAACAACUUUAUGGAUAUCCAGAACCAGUUGCCACAAUCUCAACCUCAACAGCAGCAGCAACAACAACAACCGCAGCCACCAAACAGUAUGAAUCCGUUGGAGCAGUACAACUUCAACGAAACCUCGCAGUAUCCUGGCGCUGUGGCUUUAUUCCCACCGACUAACGUACAGGUUCCCUUUCCAUCACCUGGUGCUGCAAUGUUUCCACCGAAUUUCGCCUCAAACUUCUCGUCUGGUAAACAACAGCAACAACCACAUCAUCCGAUGCUACCAACAGCGGCGGCUGGAGGUCAGCCACAACAACAACAACAACAACAACAGCAGCAGCAGCAACCUUCGACACCUUUGCAGCAACCCACGACAGUGGCUCGUGGUGCUGGUGGUAAACCAGACGAACUGUCAACAGCCAACAAUCUCUGCGGCGCAACAUUUACCUCGUCAUCACACAAUAUGGCUUUAACGGAAGCUAUUGUAUCGCCACCGACGCCACAGCAGCAGAAACAACCAAUGACUUCGCAGAUGGCUGCUUCUCCGUUGGCGGCAAUGGUCUCACCUAGCAAUCAGCAACAACCAACUCCCGAGCAUAACUUCAUGAUGAAUCAUUCGCCUGCCAUGAUAGCGCCCCAAACACCACAGAUGCAACAACAACAACGAACUCCACAGCAAGAUGGUGUCGGUAUAUUGCAGUCCUUGGACCAGAACAGUGUGGCAAAGAAAUCACCUACCAAAUCAUCGCGAUCAUCGUCCCGCAUUCAAAACCAAACCAACGACACAUCGGUUGCGUUGGGUCACAUGAAAUCUCCAAACAUUAGUCCCGGAAAAAGUCCCAAAACGUACGAUCUCAAAGCGCAACAACCACAACCGCUGGCAGAUCCGUUGCGCGGGAAACCAUCGAAACCCGAAGGUGGUGCCAAGCGGGGGCCACGAGGGCCGCGCACGAACAACACAAACCAACGUGGUGCGGUUGCAGGGAAAGGUAAAAACGGAAGACAGGGUCGUGGUGGUCGACAACAGAUCAGUUUUAUUCCACAGUUGUCGCACAAUGACUAUAACGACUUUGUUGGUGGAACGAUCCAUACCAAACUGAUCGGGACAGUGUACGAUCCGGACUUUGAUGAGGAUUUGGCGUGCAACAGUAUGGAGAAACUGAGGGAUAUGCGCGAUCGAAGGCGUUCGAUCGAUUGUCGUCUUCAGGAUACGUUCCGUACAACUCGCGAACCUUCCAAAUCGCCAAAAUUUUCAAGUCUGAAUCUUUAUUCUUCGCAAUCUGGUAGCACCCUUGGAACGAAACAAAGCCGAACUACGUUCACACCGACUUCAUUACCUCCUAGUCUAAGCUCGGGAAUAGUAACGGGAGCAGACAUCAAUGUGACACAACCUAGUGUCAGCACUAGUCUGCAGGACAUGGUCCAAACGGUGCUCCCGGGUCCUGUUGACAUGCGGACUUACAACAGUGGGUUCGAUUCUUCCACCAACACCGAUGCGUACAAUAAUCAUUUGCUGGGAGCAUUCGCCAGUGGCACUGCUGACCAAACGCUGGCCGACAUUGAUGAAGAUAUGGAGAACGAGCUACAGUCGGCUUUGAAAGCUAGUAACAAUAAGGUUGACUCAACACCACCAGCGUCUGCGACGUUGGCCCAGGUAGUUCUUCCUCAUAAUUCUUCUAGUAUAACGGCCCUGUCGUUGCCUAGCGGAUUAGUAUCGGCGGUAACAGCGCUGCCGACCGCAUUAGAUCCAAUCGAACAACCUCAAGAAGAAACUAACGAUUCCGAUAGUAUAACAACUAAAGUUUCACUGGCGGAUUCUCGGAAUAUCAUGAAACUGAAAAUCAAGGGACCAUUAGCGCAGUUGGACAAUAGUUCGUCAUCUUCGACUACUACCCUGCAGCAAUCUAGUGUGAUGGAAUCUAGUCUAAAUGUUCCAAUCAUGUCAACGCCGUUAACAGUAAAUGUAGGCGCUGGAUCAUCCAACCUAAGACGAAUGCGCAAGAAAGAGUUGCUCCGGCAGUACUGGACCCAGGAUAUGAACCACGACGAUCAGACAGGUCUGCAAGUAGUGGAUCAGAAUCCCAGCUUAUCAUUGACCACCGCAAUCAGUAGAACGGUUGGCAUUCCCAAGGCAGUUGAUUCUCUUUGUACGAUGCCAACCAGAGAUGACUACAAAGAUUACGGAGGAGUUGACUUUAAGAAACGUAAGAAGCUUUCGUCGAACAUGUCACGAGAGCUGCGUGGGCUGGCACCUACGGAACAUGAUAUUAUGGAACGACGACGAAGUGUUGGUUCCACCGGAAGCAAUGGGUCCACAAGCAAUCUGACGGUGGAUGUUCCACCGGCUGUUAAGCGACGAUCACGAAACAAUCGGACGGCCACGGUUACGGCAAUGAAUCAGCCGCAGGCGGCUCCCAAACUGAAGAUCAAAAUCGGUUCCGACGUGAUGGAGGCCUCCGGUUCGUACAGCGAUCGAAUACGCCCACCGAAAAAACGGCUUGCCACGAUGGCACCUCCCAGCCUGGAAGAUUUGCGACGCGAUGCGAUGAUGUUCGCCGAACAGAUGAUGUUCGACGAUGAAGAGGAGGGACGAAGGGCGAAAAAACAUAAAAAUAAAGACAAGGAGCGGGACCGAGAGCACAAAAAACGCAAGAAGGAAAAGAAGCACAAAAAAGAGAAGGGUGAAAAAUUGGACAAAGUAGAGAUCAUCAACAAAGCUGAGGAUGCACCACGAAUUGUCAUACGGUUAGGUGUGAAAAAACCUGCCAGCGAUGAUGCGAUGAAUGUUCCACUGUUGGAUUCAACUCGGAGUCAAUUAAAUUCACCGGAAACGGAUCCACUAGCUAUAGAUCUAGCGGAUUUGCACAACAGCAAUGACAGCAGCAAUUGUAGUAGUGGCGUUGUAAAACCAUUGAUAACACCGAUCCGGCUGAAAUUGGCCAGAAAUUUAUCCGGCAGCGGGUACAUAAUGUCUUCGAAAAACGAGCGUUCUGCUGGGGACCAGCCACUCAAUAAACAUCUGUCGGAAUCUUGUGAAGAAACCAAAACAUUGAACAUUGUACUGCCAAAGUUGGAUAUUCCGCUGAACACAGAAACCAUCAAUUUAAGUGUUGUUCCCCCUUCGAUAAGAGAUUCCACAUCCCCUAAAUUCAGCAGUUUGGUUCAUUCGGAUCGGGAUCCCUCUCUGUUAGAUUUACUUCCAACGCUGGAAUUGUGCAAAACAGUCGAUCUAGGUGCAAUGUCUUCGUUUACUUCUUCCACUAAUACCGUCCCCACUAUGUCUUUCAACAAUGCCGUUAGUGGUGGUAAUAAUAGCGGCGGAAUCAAAUUUGGCCCAUUUGGGGGAUAUCUUCCACAGCAACAGCAACAGCAACAGCAACAACAACAACAAGAACAACAACAUCCACAACAGGAACAACAAUCGCAACCACAAUUACAGCAAUCGCAACAGCAUGAAUUGUCGACGGCUGCAAAAGAUUGUGAAGUGAGAUGACGGUUUAUGUAAAUAGUCGUGUAAAUGUUUUAUUGUGCAAAUCUCUCCAGUUUCAUUGUGAAUAUUGUUUUACUGUUGGUACUUUUUUAAAAUUAGAUGUGUUAACAAAUUUGAGGUCUUUGUAAGAGACAUUCAAGCAAAACAAGAUCCUGUAGGAAACUAUUCGCUCGCUACUUCAAAGCGAACCUAUUUUGUUUUAUACAGAUUUCUACUUUUUAACGUGUUUUCUUUUUGUGAGAGACGACAGUACACACACGGUCUAUUUUGUUUUGAUUUAUUUUAUAUUUUAGACCAAAAACCUCAUUUGUUCAAAUUUGACGCACUUAAUUCAGUAAGGGUACUCUAAAGUCUCCGUAUGUAUAUAGUCAAUCAGAAUUUAAAGAAAAAAGUGGUUUGCUACGCAACGUUACUGAUAUAUACAAUAUCUAGAAGAAGAUAAAAUUUACAAGGUGUGACUCAGUUUAAAAAAACUCACAAAAGUAAAAAAAAAAAACAAAAAACAAUAGAGCUGGGAAAACGAAAACUUACUGUAGUUUAUAGCGCAAAAUAAAACAAAACGUUAGUUACUUUUAUCAACAACUACCGGACAAUGUUCGGCCCUCCGUUAGCUAUUUCCCGUUUACCGAGACUACCCACUGGCAAAAAAGGAAUACAUUUGUAACACAGGAACUUCUUGUGCGUCUAUUUUCGAAUAGUGUAAGAAGAAGAAAAGUGCAAAAUUCAAUCGAUCUCGAAUGAAGACGCUUUGCUGGGUAACCAAAAAAGCUAGUGUCUAUGUGUGCGUAUAACAGUUGCUGUUGUUAAUUUGGUCGGGUGUGAAAAUAGCACAAUGAGAUUGUACGUAUAAAUUGGUCCCAUCCAUUGUUUUAUGUAAAUAUCUUCUGCGUAGCAGCAUGGAUGCGACCGAAACUUUUCUUACCGGAACCAAAAACAAAAAAAAGGAACGGUGAUUGCUCCACUAAAUAAACCACAUUGCGAGAAUCGAGAACACAUUAUUAUGUACAUAUGAAGCUAGUUCAAGAGCUGCUGUAAUUUUAAGAAAUCAAGUUUUGUUUUAUACCGUUUAAGGAAAAGAAAUGCAAACAUCUAUUGCAUGUGUGUACAGUAUAGUAGCGAAAAAGAAAAAGGAAGUUUCACCUUGUUCAAAUGAAACACAUUAGCUAAAAUAAAUUCUAAGAAAGAAAAUAUUGAAUAAAAAUCGAUAGUAAAGGAAAACAAAAACCUUCAGUUACGAUUAGUAUUAAUUUUUGUGUCGUAAUGCCUACGAUUACUAUACACAUGGUUUGUCCAAAUAAGCUAUUUAAUUUAUUUAUGAGAAAACCCCUCCUUCGCGUAGCAUUAAGUAACACUAAACGAUAGAGAAGAAAAUGUAAUAUAAGUAAACACAGAAAAAAUACACAAAGUGAACUAUAAAAUCUUUUAGGGACAAGUAACAAAACAACAAAUGCAGUUGAAAAUUUUAGAGAGAAAAAUCGACUAAGAAAAUCGUAACUAUCAAUGUAUUAUACCUUUAAUUACCAGGACGAAGUUGAAUUAUAACAUAACACAUGUAAAAGUAGACAAUUUGAAACAAACAAUGGAGAUAAAUUUAAAUUAAUUUAAGUACGUCAGAUGGCAACAAGUAACAAAAGUGAAAGGUAAAUUGUGAAUAUGAGUAAAAUAUUCUCUCUAAGUUUCUUAGAACAAGUAAAUGUCAAAUAUCAUGUAACAAAAUAUUAUUAUUAGACCUGGUAACUCUAAACAGAAACGAAGAGCAGAAAAAUGCAUUGAAAAAACGCAAUAUAUUUUAUUAUUAUUUUAUAUUUAAUUUUCUUUCAAAUCUCUGUAAAUUAUGGAAAAUUUACAACAAAAUCAAUAUAAAUAAAUUAUUCUUGCAAAUACAUAAUUGGAAAAUAAUAA